AUGAAGCUCUCAAAUGCUGUGGCCUACAGCCUCGUCUCCCUGCCAGGGGCCAUGGCUUGGGGAGGCCUGGGACACGUAACGACAGCCUUCGUUGCAAGCAACUUCGUCGCCAAUACGACAGAAGCCUACCUUAAACAGCUCCUCGGUAGCCAAGAUGCCGAUUACAUGGCCAAGGUAGCCUCCUGGGCCGACUCGAUCAGAUACACACAGUGGGGUAGAUUCACAAAAAACUUCCAUUUCAUCGAUGCGCACGACAGCCCUCCCGAGGACUGCAACGUCGACUUUGAGCGCGACUGCAAGGAGGGCGGCUGCGUCAUCACCGCUCUGGCCAACUACACCCAGCAAUCCGUCGACCCGUCCCUGCCGGCAUGGCGACGAGCGCAGGCAGCCAAGUUUGUCAUUCACUUCGUUGGCGACCUGCACCAGCCGCUGCAUAACGAGGAUGUCGCAAGGGGUGGAAACGGUAUCCACGUCUUGUGGAAUGGGCGAGAUUUCAAUCUGCAUCACGUUUGGGACAGCUCCAUCACAGAGAAAUGGCUUGGCAUGCGUGGUAGAAAGCCAUAUCAAUGGGCGGAGAAGUGGUCUGCAGAUCUUACAAAGAAGAUCAACAGCGGCAUCUACGCAGAUGAAAAGGACGAUUGGCUGGCAGACUUGGACUUUGGCAACCCGGAAGAGACGGCAUUGGCUUGGUCACGCGAAUGUAACAAGCUCGUGUGCCAGUAUGUCUUCCCCGAGGGUCCCAAGGCCAUUGCUGGCAAAGAGCUGAGUGGCGACUACUACGAAAAGGCAGCCCCUAUGCUCGAAAAGCAAGUCGCCCGUGCCGGUUACCGCAUGGCAGCCUGGUUGGACAAGAUUGUCGAUCAAUACCUGAAGCUGGAGGCGAGCUACACUGGAGAGCUGCCUACAGAAGACUAUAUGGAAGAGCCUUUGGAUGAAUUUAUGGAGGAGCCGAUUGGCGAGCUAUGA